UCUCCAUUGAAGAUAUUCGGGAUGUGAGGUCAGGCCAUAAAACAGAAGGUAUGGAAAAGUACGCCAAGAAUGUCCCAGAGCAUCUCUGCUUUUCCAUCAUUUUCAAAGACCAACGGAAAAACCUGGACCUCAUUGCAAACUCAGAGGAUGAUGCCAACCACUGGAUCACCGGCCUUGGGAAAAUCAUAGCCCACAGCAACUCUAUGAACCAGAAACAGAAGCUCCAACACUGGAUUCAUAGUUGCCUGCGGAAAGCUGAUAAAAACAAAGACAACAAGAUGAGCUUGAAGGAACUCAAGGACUUCCUGAAAGAAGUUAAUAUCGAAGUUGAUGACUAUCAUGCCAAAAAAAUUUUCCAGCAUUGUGACAAGUCCAAAACAGAGGCUCUGGAGGAUGAGGAGAUAGAGGAAUUUUACAAGAUAUUGACAGAGAGGAAGGAAAUAGACAAAAUCUUCCAAAAGUAUGCAGAUGCUGAAGGGUUCAUGUCCUGCCAGAAUCUGGUGAGGUUCCUUUAUGAGACACAGCAGGAAGAAGAUGCUGUUGUUGCUGCCCCUGCCUUAAUUCAGAGAUACGAACCAAAUGAAAGAGCCAAGAGAGGUAAUGCCAUGACCAAGGAUGGUUUCCUGAUGUACCUGCUGUCUGAAGAUGGGAAUAUAUUCAACCCAUCUCACAGUAAAGUUUACCAGGACAUGACUCAACCACUCAGUCACUACUUGGUGUCAUCCUCACACAACACCUAUCUCAUGGAAGACCAGCUGACAGGUCCAAGCAGCACAGAAGCCUAUAUCAGAGCCCUCACCAAAGGUUGCCGUUGUGUGGAACUGGAUUGCUGGGACGGCCCUAACUCGGAGCCCGUCAUUUAUCAUGGCUACACACUCACCUCCAAGAUCCUCUUCAGUGAUGUCAUUAAGGCCAUCAAGAACUAUGCUUUCAAAACUUCGCCAUACCCUGUCAUCAUCUCCCUGGAGAACCACUGCAGCCUUGAUCAGCAGAAGGUCAUGGCUCAGCACAUGACAACAAUCCUGCAGGACAUGCUCUUGGUCGUACCGAUAGAUGGAAACAAAUCCCACUUCCCCUCCCCAGAGCAAUUAAAAGGGAAGAUCCUUGUGAAAGGGAAGAAGCUGAGCAGGCAAGAGGACCCCACUGGAACAAACGGGAACAAUAACCUGGAGGCUGAGGAUGUAUCUGAUGAAGAUGAAGCAGCUGAAAUAGAAGAUGAGUCUGUGAAGACUGAAGUGGAGCAGAAGGGGAAGAGUGACACCUUGAAGCUGGCCAAGGAGCUGUCAGACACAGUUGUCUACUGCAAGAGUGUCCAUUUCAAUGGCUUCGGAGACCCUGGUCACCCUCGGGCUUUCUAUGAGAUGUCAUCAUUCUCAGAGAGCAAAGCUCUGAAGCUAGCUCAGGAAUCUGGAAACAGUUUUAUUCAUCACAAUAUCAGGCACCUGAGUCGGAUCUACCCUGCAGGCUGGAGGACAGAUUCCUCCAACUAUAACCCCAUCGAUUUGUGGAAUGUUGGAUGCCAGAUCGUGGCCCUGAAUUUCCAGACAGCAGGCACAGAAAUGGAUGUCUACCAGGGUCGGUUCCAGGACAAUGGGUUUUCUGGGUAUGUCUUAAAGCCAGAAUUCCUCCGGGAUGAGCAAACCAAAUUCAAUCCAAAAUCCAUCACAGAAGGAUCAUGGGGGACAAGGAAGAAGCUUGUGCUUAAAAUCAUCUCUGGUCAGCAGCUGCCCAAGGUGAACAAAAGCAAAAACUCCAUUGUUGAUCCUAAGAAAUGGAGCUUUAACCCCAAGUGGGAUGAAGAGUUUACAUUUGACGUAGAGAUUCCUGAGCUUGCCCUCGUGCGGUUUGUGGUAGAAGACUUUGACAUGUCAACCAAGAAUGACUUCAUUGGGCAGUACACACUCCCCUUCACUAGUCUGAAGCAAGGUUACCGCCACAUCCAUCUUCUAACUAAGAAUGGGGAUCCGUACUCCUCCUCCACCCUCUUCGUGUACAUCAGUAUCCAGGACUGUGAUUAGUGACUCAACGCUUUCUGGGCACAGUGAAGCCUGUUUCAGACCCAGAAGAACCUCAGCGUGCGACAUCUCGUGCGACAUUUGCCUGCAGCAGGAUCCUGUCAAGUCCCCAGUGCCUUCUCCGGAGCAGCAUAUGGUGCCCUAUAGGGCCCGUGGUGUGAAAUAGCCAUCAAACCUCUCCCUUCUGUGUGCUGGAAACAUCCUGAUGGGGUUGUUGAGAAUAAUCAUUUUGUAGCUGUUCCAUCAAUCCAUACAUGUUUUUAGUUCAGUUUAA